AGUCCUCAUUCUCGUUAUAGAUGCGGUUGACAUGGUUACCGCAAUAAUUCAAAUGUAAAUAAGUCAGAACACCUUGCAGUAUUUAAUGAAGCUGUCAAAUGAAAUGCCAAAAAGUUUAAAUAAAUUUACAUAAUUUAAGUAGAUACGUUAUUUGUUUAUCUUAUCAACGUAGAAGCUGAUAAAAGGAAGGUUUCUCUAAAAAUAGUAGAUCGUAAAACGUGCAGAAAUUUUUGAGCAAGUUACAAGCAGUGAGAAAGAUUUUAUAAUCAUGACGCCUGCACUAAACGUUCUUGACCCAGACGACAAAUUGAUGCAAAGAUUCCAGAAAACAUUACGCGAACAUUUGUUGAAUGUUAAUAAUCGUCUCUCGGAGGAGAUACUCAAUCUCGAAGCAAAUGUGAAGCAAGCAGAAAAAGAUCUAGAAUCUGAAGGUGUACUUCUUUAUCAAGCACAAGAAGAAAUCCAACGUCAAGAUGUUACACUACAGCAAUACAUGGAAGCAUUAUCGAAAGUCACAGCACUUAGAGAGAAAAGGAAUAAGGACGUAGAAAAUGUUAAAGAAAUCUUGAAGCAAAGUUAUUCUAAAUUAAAAGAAGAGAAAGAUAAGAAGGAAAAACUUUCGCAAGAAUUGAAAAAUUUGUUGGAUCUCUACACUUGUUUGUCUAAAUGGGAGAAAGAAUUGAACGAUAAUUUAAUAUUGUCAAAGCAAAUGUCAUUACAAGAUGCCAAUAGAAAUAAAAUGUUGAUUAAUAAGAAGCAGCAACGAGACUUUGUUCUGUAUCGUUUAAAAGAGGAAGUAUGGAAAAUUGAAUGGGAAACUGCUUACCUAGACGAACAAUUACAAAUUAAGGAUAGGGAAAAGGAAGAUGCUAAUAGAAUGAUAAUUGACGCAAAUACAAAUUUAGAAACUCUUCAUAUGGAACACAAAGAUUUACAUGAUGUAUGGAAAUCUGUGAUAAAUAGUAUUUGUAAGAGGAACAACGUUUAUGAUCAAUUACACUCUGAGCAAGCGGAUGCUCUUAAAUUGUACAAUGGAAUAUUAUUAGAAAUACAGAAGGUAAAACACGAAACGGAGAAAGAAAUGGAAAUGAAUGAACAUCUGACAUCUUUAUCCUAUCGAAUAGAGAAUAAUAUUAAAAUAGCAUCAAGAGCGAUUACAACGUUUAACGAAAAAAUUGCAAACAGUGAAACAGAAAUGUUAAAAUUUACACAAAUCAAUGAGCAAACACAACAUGAUUAUAAUACUGUUUUUACUAGAUAUCAAAGUUGUUUGAACGAAGAAGACCAAGUGACUAAAAAACUCGAAAUUAUUGUCGAAAGGAAAAACAGUUUAGAAGAUACAAUAUAUAAGAAGUUGGAAGAGAAAGUUAUAUGCAACAAGACAGCGCAGUACAUAAACGAAUUGUUAAUAAAUACAAAGAAUUCUGUGUUAGAAUACGAAAUUUCAGUCGCCCGCGUAGAGAAUACGUAUGGAAAUAAUCUGUUGCAAUUAGAGAAGCUUAGAAAUCUUAUUUCAACCGAAAAAACGGAGUUAGAUGAACUUUUCAAAACGAAUGCUAAAAAAGAGAAACAGAUAGACGAAGUACAAAAGGAGAUAAAAAAAUAUGAAAACAUGAUUGAAAAAACUCAAACAAAACUUUUAGGAAUCAAUAAACUUAUUGAUCAGAUACUACCAAAUAUUGGCGGCGAAGAAAUGAGCCCGCAGGAUCUGAAAAUUAUUACUUUAGAGAAAAAUAUUCAGAAGCUCCAGCAAAAUAUUAAAAAGACGCAGCAAUUUUGGAUGCGUCAGCAAGGUUUCGUUGUUUCAUUGAGCCAGCAAAGGGAAUCGCAAUUACGAGAAAUAAAUAUUCUCGAGAAAGAGAUAAUGAUAAUGGGUCAAAAGAAUUUCAAGUUGGAAUACGCGCUGGAAAUGAUUGCGAAGGAGGAUGCGAAUACGAACAAAAUAAUUAGUUUUCUCGAUCAAAAAUUAUCACGCAUGAGUGCUGAUUUAGUGUUGCAAAGAGAUUUAAAGAAGGGAUUAGAAGAUCAGAAUUGCAUUAUGAAGAACGAAUGCCUCUUCUCCUUUCAAGAAUUGGAAUUAGAACUUAUAAAGUUACAAAACGAUAUAAAAAAUAUGUGUAACGAAAAGAUCGUGUUGAAAGAAGAAUUAAAAUCUGCGCAACAAGAAAGCUUAUCAUGGGAGAAAAAGAUACAAUUAAUGCAAGAUACAAUUAAAAAUAUGAAAGACGAACAGACGGCUGGCGGUAUAGCGUCGAUGCGAAGUGAAAUUCACAGGAUGGAAAUGAGACUUUCAUAUUUAAAGAAGAUUCAAGAGAAAUUGAUUCGCGACAUGGAACUUUGUAUCACGAGAAGAGAUAUUAUAAUGGAUAAAGUAUUCAGUAAACACAAACGAAAUCCCAAAGUGAAACAUAACGAAAAGAUUGUAAUGCAUAAACGGCUUUCCGAUCAGAGAACAAAAAUCAAACAACUUUUAAAGAUUACAAAGCAAACGAUUAAUAUGACGGAAAAAUUGAAAGAUCAAAUAACAAGUACUCAAGACAAGGUAUAUAAAUGUCAAGAGGUGUUACAAAACUUGAAAAAACAUAUUCGCGAUAUAGAAGAAGAAAUUAGGCAACUGGAACUGCUAAAAUAUCGGAAUUUGCAUAGUUUAGUUCUUAAACAAAGGAAAGUAAAACAAUUAAAUGAUAUUAAAAAUGGCGUAUAUAAAAUGGUUUACAAAAGCGAAAACAUGAUAGAAGAAUAUCUACAGAAAGAACAUACUUGUCGAGAAAAUUUGAAAUAUACAUUGGAAAGGACUGACCAUGACUUUCCUAUGCUGAAAAGCAGUAUAAAAAAAAUACAACUGACACUGGAAAUUAUUUAGGAAACUAAUGAGUAUAUAGGAUAAGAUAAAAGUUUGCGAUUAUUAUAUUAUCAGUGAAUAAGUAUAUUGCAUAAUGGUACAAAGUUCUAGUGACUGUUAUACAAAAGUGUUUUAUCAAGCUAAAUGUUAUUCAUUAUAAAAAUUUUCUUUAUAUAAUAAAGCAAUAAACUCGUGCCUGCAGCAUCAUA